ACAAGUAUUGUUUCAAUAAUAAUUGUUGGUGCAGGUAUCUGAGAACAGUCCUUCCCCCAUUUCCUGUUUUUUAUAAACGUGUUACAUAAACCUAAUCACAUCUUUAGUAAAAAUGACUGGCAUUUCCCUAAUUAUGCCUGUUCGCCUCUUCAAACUGUCCAUUACAAAAUAAACAUGCCUCUAGCAAAAUUGGUGGUUUUCCAUCUAAUCAUUAGUGUGCAAACGUUGCGAGAAUGUAACAAUGAUCGUUACACAAUUACCUAUCACAAAAUAAAAAGCUGCUACAAGUCGAAAGAGGCAAUAAUCGCAUGGAAAAACCUCCCAAAUGUACGAGACUGUAUGGAUUUCGUUAAGGAACGAAGAGGCUUUGCAUUCAAUUACAGUCCAGCCCAAGCUAAAAACUAUACCAGAGGAUAUUCCAAGAACUGUCAGGUUUUAGGUUGUCCGGACACGUCGAACGCUUCCUUAGAUUUCGACCCAGGUUUUGAUUACUACUCUGCAUAUGGAAAUCUCACUAAUGUUGCCGAAACCUCUUGCAUUAAAUCCGAGGGAUUGUUCAAGUUCAUCUCUGAUCCCAUGAAUUACACACAAGCGAUUGUCAACUGUCAGAACCAUGGGGGUGAUUUGGCAGACGUUCUAUCAGAAUCUAGGACCAACCGUCUUUCUCAGAUGAUCGGAAAUCUGAUGAGUAACUGGUACAAAGCUGCUUACGUCGGUUUGGACGACCUUAACGAGGAAGGUUUGUUCGAAACGGCCUUCGAAUCCUAUUUGGGUUGUUCGAAAUUUCGAGCUUGGGCACCGGGACAUCCCAUGUCGAAAAAUAGACAUCAACGUUGCGUUAUUUUAGACUCCGAAAGAACUUGGAGGGUGAUAGAUUGUAGGAUGGAAUUGCCGUCGAUUUGCGAAUUAUAUCCUCAAAGACCCGUCGGAUUUGGGUUCAAGUUUAUGAAUCGCAAUUGCAAAAAAAUACGGAAUAAAAGGGACAAGAAAAAAUGUAAAGAAGAGAAAGCAAUGAAGAAAUUGUUGGAUAAUGCAUCAAGAUUUGAUCAGUGUGCUUUCUAUAAUUAAAAUAAAAGGAUUUGGAUAAAAUAAAACACUGCUUGAACGUUUGAUGAUUGAUUGAAUUCUUAAUAAAUUAAACAUUUUACACUUAAUUCUAAUAGUUAACUUUGUUUCUCAUUUCUCAUUCUUCAACUUUUGUAGUUCUGAAAUAAAUCAAACAAUUAUU